AUGAAAGCAAUGUGUGUUGAAAAACUUGCUGUUUAUCCACCAUGGGAUCGUUUUGCUGUACGUGAUAUGCGCCAAACUGUUGCUGUUGGUGCUAUUAAGGAUGGCGAAAAGAAAAUAUCGAUAUCUGGUAAAGUGGCCAUAAUAACUACUUCUGCUACUAAUAAGAAAGAAAAGAAAUACGAUGAGGGGUACUUUCGCAAACAUACAUCACCACAGCAUUACAAAUUUAAACAAAUUCAAAUACAAAUGGUGCCAUUCAAUAUUAUUGUUCGUCUAUUUAUAGAAACUCAUUGGGAACGACGAUGA